AUGGCGAACGACGAAUACGAUUUCAACCUAGACUCGAAGUCGACCAUCGGUGUCGAGUUCGCCACGAGGUCCAUCCAGAUCGACAACAAGACGAUCAGGGCGCAGAUUUGGGACACAGCCGGCCAGGAACGAUACCGCGCCAUUACGUCUGCCUACUACCGGGGUGCUGUCGGUGCGCUACUCGUCUACGACAUCAGCAAGAGCCUCUCGUUCGAGAACGUGACCCGGUGGCUGAAGGAGCUGCAAGGCCAUGCCGACAGCAAUAUCGUCAUCAUGCUCGUGGGCAACAAGACCGAUCAGCGGCCCCUGAGAGCCGUCCCGACAGAGGACGGCAAGAAUUUUCCCACUAACGCUUUGCGCCGCACAGCCAUUUACCAGAUUGUGUCGAGCAAGAGCCUCGCGGAGGAAGGCGCAGACGUUGGAAAGAAGUUUGACCCAAGGGAAGGCAAUAACAUCUCGCUGAGCCAGGAGGGGUCAAAGGAGGAGUCGAAGGGCUGCUGUUAA